CGUAUCGCUGCGAGAUGGACGCGCCCGACGACCGAUACUACGGCAACCAAACGCCGGACCGCUCCGACACGAACAGCCCGCGCUCGCAAAUGAGUAGUCCCAACUCCAACUCUUCUAUCAAUGUGACGGAUCAAUCCAUAUCGCUUUCCCAGCACCAACAGAACUUAGAGACACUUAACAGAAUGGGAAUGUUUUUUCACGCGCAACAAAUGCAUCUUAACCAGAGUUUUGAUGCGGUGAAAUCUAGGUUAGGCUUGACACAAGUGCCUACGAGUGUUAAUCCAGGCCCGAGGCAUACGAUAGACGCUAUCUUAGGACUGAAUGGCCAGAGGCAAGUUACUAGAGUGCAGAGUGAGUUUGAACAGAGGAGAGAGGAGAGGGAGUGUGAGACUGUACCAGUGUCGCCAGGAGCUAUUGAAAGCGCCGGCGAGGGUUCCUGCAACAGCAACGACGGCUACAGCCAGAGAACCCCGACAGACGACAAGUCUCCACCAGGCAGCGACGACGAGUCAGCCCGCCCCGGCUCAGCAGCAGACAAUAAGAAGAAACAUCGGCGGAAUAGAACGACCUUCACCACAUACCAGCUACAUGAACUGGAAAGGGCGUUUGAGAAGAGCCACUACCCUGAUGUAUACUCCAGAGAGGAACUCGCAAUGAAAGUCAACCUCCCUGAAGUCAGGGUACAGGUGUGGUUCCAAAACCGUCGCGCGAAAUGGCGUCGCCAGGAGAAGAUGGAGGCGGCUCGGCUGGGUCUGUCGGAGUACGGCUGCGGCGCGGGCGGCGGUAUACCGCGGCUCGGCGGGCUGGGGCUGCCGGUGGAUCCCUGGCUGGCACCUCCACUGCUCACUGCACUGCCAGGUUUCCUGAGCCACCCUCCGUCUGGCUACCCAAGCUACCUCACGCCGCCGGCGCCGGCGACAAGUGGCGCCCCCCCGGACCCGCGCUCAUCUUCCAUCGCAGCACUCCGCAUGAAAGCGAAGGAACACGUAGAGAGCCUCAAUAAGGGACUACAGAUGGUCUAAUAUUAUACAAAGUUGAUAAUGUUAUAGUAAGGUUGAAUACAGUCAGUGGUUUAAGAUUUACAAUACUUGGUGGUAAAUAUUAUACAUCGACUUUGGAAAGAGACAAUAUGCCAAGUUUCCAUAAAUACUGUUUAUUAUUAUGAGCCAGCCUAAAACUAGUCGAGCAAUCUCAUCGAAGCAUGAAAGUAUCGAAAAGAAGAUUGAACAAAAUGAUAAAUUCUUUUGCCAAAAGUCAAUGUGCAAUAUUUAUCGCCCUGUGUUGUAGUUAGUUUUAAGAUGAACAUUUGAAUAUAAGGAUCUCUAAGAGCAUAGGUUUUAUAAGCGAUCACAAUUUUGUUAACAAAUUAGCUGCUGGAUGUUGUAGUAAAUGGAGCUUAUGUGGUCUUUAAUUUAAACACACACACACACAUCUGAAUUUGUUUGAGCACAUGACUUCGAUUAUUUCUUUUAAGCAGUGUUAAGCAAAUUGUUGAUAUUUUUAUUACGAAGUAGUUACAAUAGGAACUUUAAUAUUCUAAUAGAUAUAAUCAAUGAAUUACUUGAACAUAUCCCGAAAUACUAUAAGCAAAACUAAACUCUGUUAGUAACAAAUUAAGAUUGUUUUUGUAACGAUGUGAGUUGAAGAGCCAUAGAAUUUGCAGAUAGAAGAGCUAUUCAAUACAUGGUUUUACAAAAAACUAACUUGCUCUGUUAGACUUAAAGUUUAUAAUUAAACAAUGCACAUUCCAACUGUUAAUUUCUAUUGUGAUUUGUGUAUCAAAGCAAUACGUAUUUGUAAAUAUUAAUGAGUAAGGCUUGUGUAGUGUAAUUAUACGUAAGAAUUGAUAAAUGGUACUUAAUCGACAUGUAUGUUCGUUUGCUCAAUUCAUCUCGUCACAGUUGAGUUUAUAGACUUGUAUUUAGUUUCUUUGUUCAUCAGUUUUUGGUCUAAUAACUGUAGAUACCUAGUAACUAGUAGUGUUUAUAAAUCAUUUUGCCAAUGAUUGGUAAUGUAUGGAAAUAAUUAAUAACUUUAGCUUCUGAACUGC